GGGGCCGCGGAGCCGAUUAAGCGGCGGGAGCGGGAGCGGCCGCAGCGCGAUCGCAUCGUCCCCGCGGGGCAGCACCGGACACCGGGCAACGGACACCGGGCAGAGAACACCGGCACGGACACUGACACGGACACCGGCUCCGGCUCCGCCGCCUCCAGCGCGGCCCGGCCCGCUCCAGGAACAAUGGCAGAGCCGUUCCUCGUGGAGAGCCCCAACGUCACCUACAGCAAGGACUUCAUCGAGGCCAAGUACACGUACAGCACCGUGCACGUCUGCAAGGAGAACGGCGUCACCAAGGUGCGGCCGUGCUCCACCCACUUCACCUUCCGCACGGCGCGGCAGGUCCCGCGCCUGGGGGUGAUGCUGGUGGGCUGGGGGGGCAACAACGGCACCACGGUGACAGCGGCCGUGCUGGCCAACAAGCUGGGGCUGUCCUGGAUGACCAAGACCGGGUGCAAGAAAGCCAACUACUACGGCUCCCUGCUCCAAGCCUCCACCGUGUGCCUGGGCACCGGCCCAAACGGCGACGUCUACGUGCCCUUCCGGGACCUGCUGCCCAUGGUGCACCCCAACGACAUCAUCUUCGACGGCUGGGACAUCUCCUCGCUGAACCUGGCGGAGGCCAUGAGGCGGGCCGAGGUGCUGGACUGGCCGCUGCAGGAGCAGCUCUGGCCCCACAUGGAGAAGAUGAAGCCCCGGCCCUCCAUCUACAUCCCCGAGUUCAUCGCCGCCAACCAGGAGGAGCGGGCGGACAACGUCCUCCAGGGCUCCAUGGCUCAGCAGGUGGAGCAGAUCCGCAGGGACAUCCGGGACUUCAAGGAGAUCACCGGGCUGGACAAAGUCAUCGUGCUCUGGACGGCCAACACGGAGCGUUUCUGUGACGUCGUGCCGGGGCUCAACGACACCGCCGAGAACCUGCUCAGGGCCAUCGAGAAAGGCCUGGAGGUGUCCCCGUCCACGCUCUUCGCCGUGGCCAGCAUCCUGGAGGGCUGUGCCUACAUCAACGGCUCCCCCCAGAACACCUUCGUGCCGGGGGCCGUGGAAUUGGCCGCCCAGCGCCGCGUCUUCAUCGGCGGCGACGACUUCAAGUCGGGUCAGACCAAGCUCAAGUCGGUGCUGGUGGAUUUCCUGGUGGGCGCCGGGCUCAAGACCAAAUCCAUCGUGAGCUACAACCACCUGGGCAACAACGACGGCAAGAACCUCUCGGCGCCGCAGCAGUUCCGCUCCAAGGAGAUCUCCAAGAGCAACGUGGUGGACGACACGGUCCAGGCCAACCCCAUCCUCUACGGGCCCCAGGACAAGCCCGACCACUGCGUGGUGAUCAAGUACGUGCCCUACGUGGGGGACAGCAAGCGGGCGCUGGACGAGUACACGUCGGAGAUCAUGAUGGGCGGCACCAACACCAUCGUCAUCCACAACACCUGCGAGGACUCGCUGCUGGCCAGCCCCAUCAUCCUGGACCUGGCCAUCCUGACGGAGCUGUGCCAGCGCAUCACCUUCUGCACCGAGGCCGACCCCGAAUUCCAGGGCUUCCACAGCGUCCUCUCCAUCCUCGCCUUCCUCUGCAAGGCCCCGCUGGUGCCUGAGGGCACCCCCGUGGUCAACGCGCUCUUCCGCCAGCGCAGCUGCAUCGAGAACAUCCUGAGGGCCUGCCUGGGGCUGCCCCCCCAGAACCACAUGCUGCUGGAGCACAAGAUGCAGCGACCGGCCCCCAGCCCCAAACGUGCCUGUCCCGGGGGGGCCUCCUGCCCCCUGGCCCCCAAGAAGACCCCGGUGCCCACCCAGCUCAACGGGCACCCCUGUGCUCCGACCGGGCCCCCACACCCCCUGCACGUCGACGGGGCCGACUAACACCGACUGCCCUUU